CGUCAUUACACGAGCAGCAGCAGCACCCUCAUGUGUCAGGGACAGAUUGUUUUGGGUUUUUUUCUACACUAACUCUUGGAAAUUACACUCAUGGCAACAGAAGGUGUGGAAAAGACAAGUGAUGACGCUCCAGCAAGCGGGAAGGUGUGCACCAGGUUUGACCUGGAGAAGGAGACCGAGCUCCGCUUUGAGGUGGAAGCAGGAGAGGCGUCAGAGCAAGUGGAGCUGGAGCUCCUCACUGGGAUGGCUGAAGUGUUUGGCUCAGAGCUGAACCGUAACAAGAAGUACACUUUCGGACCAGGCUCCAAGAUCGCAGUCUUCACCUGGCAGGGGUGCUGUGUCAAUCUGUACGGGAAGCCAGAGGUGGCUUACGUGUCUAAAGAUACUCCCAUGCUGCUUUACCUGAAUGCACAUGCUGCCUUGGAACAGAUGAGGAAACAAGCAGAGCGAGACAAUGAGAGAGGUCCAAGGGUGAUGGUGGUGGGACCUACAGAUGUAGGGAAGUCAACAGUGUGCCGGAUGCUUCUCAACUAUGCUGUGAGGGUGGGCAGAAGACCAACAUUAGUGGAACUGGAUGUUGGACAGAGUGGGGUGUCAGUACCAGGGACAGUGUCAGCACUGUGCAUUGAACGUCCAGCAGAUGUGGAGGAAGGUUUCUCAGUCCAAGCUCCUUUGGUCUACCACUUUGGCUCAACUACCCCUGGGACCAACAUCAAACUUUACAACAAGCUGACGUCUUGCCUGGCCGAGGUGUUUUCCCAGCGCUGUGAAGUGAACCGGAAGGCCAGUGUGGGAGGCUGCAUUAUCAACACAUGUGGCUGGGUGAAAGGCUCUGGAUACCAGGCUUUGGUCCACUGUGCCUCUACUUUUCAGGUGGAUGUGGUGCUGGUGUUGGACCACGAGAGGCUCUAUAACGAACUCAAACGAGACCUGCCCCACUUUGUGCGAGUUGUUCUCCUACCCAAGUCUGGGGGAGUGGUUGAACGCUCCAAAGAAUGCCGGCGGGACACCCGGGAUGAGAAGAUCCGCGAGUACUUCUAUGGUUUCCGUGGUGUAUCCUUCUAUCCUUUUUCUUUUGAGGUGCGCUUUUCAGACGUUCGCAUCUACAAGAUUGGAGCACCGUCUAUCCCAGACUCGUGCUUGCCUCUUGGAAUGUCUCAGGAUGAUACUCAGCUAAAACUGGUGCCAGUGACACCAGGGAGAGACCUGACUUAUCAUGUGCUGAGUGUGAGCAGCAUUGACGAUGGAGAUGAAGGAGCUCGAAAGGGUAUUGUGGAGAGCCCUGUGUGUGGCUUUAUUGUGGUAACGUUUGUCGACACUCAGACACAAGUGAUGAAAGUUUUGUCCCCGGCACCCAGACCACUGCCCAGACACACUCUGCUUAUCAUGGACAUCCGCUUCAUGGACAUGAAAUGAAGCAUCAUCUUGGGUGACAGGACUUGGGAAGAAGUGGGGAUCAUUUUAAGGAGUGGCUCUGUUGGAUUUUGUUUCCAUGUUGUCUCAUUUUGGGCUUUGUAAGGGCUGCAGAGGUUAAACAUUUGAGCAUGGGAACUGGUAGCAGCUAUAGUUUUGUAAUCUGUUUAAUAGGCCACACUGUGCACAUGUCUUUUGUUGUCAGAAGUGCAGGAAUUCUCUCUUUUUAAUCGUCUAUUUCAUAAAAACAAUAUUCUCUUGCAUAAUAAACUUUUAAUUUAAAAAAGAAAAGGGGUCUCAGCAUUUGACUUCAGCUCUGAUCUUCCACAAAAGGUGAAACAAUGUAACGUCUGGGGCAUACCAAGUGUUUUACUCAAAAGGGUUUUUUACUAAUUUCAGUGCCAAAAGCAGUUUAGGUUGUUUGAAUGCAUCCAGCUCUCAAUAGUAAUGAUGUCUGACCUUAAUUAUAAGCUUAUUGAGCCUUAAACAAAAACUCUCAUAGUUUUGCCUCGUAGUAAAAGUUAGGUGUCCUCACCACUGAUUCUUCGAUUAUGUCCUAAGUGGAAGGCGUGUCCUGGUGCACACAUCCUGUAGUGUUUAUCAUGUUUGUUUUAACCGAAGUAAGAUAAAGGACACUAACCUGAAGGUCAUAUCCUAACAGCUUACUGUUUGGGAGCAGUACAGUAGAAGCUCCUUUUAAUGUUUGUUUGUGGCAACACCUACUAGAGUAUUCGUUAGACCUUAAUAAUGUUUUAAUUUUCCACAACAUUGACUUGUAGAUGUUUUUCCAGGUGUGACAACUACUUGGCAGCUUACAGAAAUUCUGAUAUGUGCAAGUAUCUAAAAAAUGCAAGAACAUGAUGAACAUAAUUGUAAAAUAUAA